AUGAAUUUCGUGCGUAUUACCGGUGUUGAACGUACAUGGAAAUAUUUGAAAGUUGAAUUUGAUCGUGAAAGUGAUGGGUUACCGGAUCAUAAAGCUAGAUACUAUGAAGCAUUAGGUGGACCGGGGCCAAAAUUAUUUGCUGUGUGUGAUGGUGAUGACGUUAAUGAUAAGAAAGAUCCAGUAGUUUACUACCAUGAUGAAGAAAUAUGGAGUUCGUAUGCAACUGGAAGUGAUGUCGAAUUUUCGUUUGAUCCAGCCUUACCAACACUGACAGCUUCUGAAUCUGAUCAGGAAAGUGACACAGAAAUUAUUAAAAAAGAAUAUUCGGUGUCUCAGCCCGAUGAAUUAGCAUUAUGGUAUGUCAGAAGUGACGACAUAACAUAUGAUAGACGAAACGGCGUUGAUGAAACAUGUUGGCAACCUGUUUUAGAUAUUGAAAAUGAAAUUAUUGAAGAAAGUUAUCAAAAUCGUAUAAAGGGUAAUGAUCAAUGUCACCUAGUCGAAUUAGAUGAUUAUCUGAUUGAUUUAGAUAAAUAUAUACAAAUUGACAAAACUCAACAAGAACGUCAACGUGCAGUUGAACGUCGUAUGUGUAAUGUACACAGUCAACAUCCGAGAUCGGAUAGAUUCUUCUCUGAUGUUGCACCACCAGAAUUUAGGAAAAAAUGGAUGGUUACAGCAACCGGUAGACAAUGUUUACUAAAUCCCAAGCUGUGUGCAAUGAAAGCAUGUGAAGGAAUAUUAACUGAAGGACGUUUAAAGGGUAGAGGAAAGGAAGCGGAGUGCCUAGCAGAGAAAUUAAGGGCAUGUCAAAAUCAAUCAUUUAAACAAAUAUCAAAAUGCUGUGUACAUUUGUAUACAAGAGAAAGUUUUCUAUUUAAAGAGGCAAAUAGAGCCAUGCGUGAAAAUGAUUUAACAAAAGUAGAUGUAUUGGGCCCAUAUUGUUAUUUAUUACGUGGUUAUUAUCGUACAUGUGAACCGUGGUGCGGACGUUUAUAUCGUAGUUGCAAUUGUACACUAGAAGUGAUUGAUGAAUAUAGGAAUGCAAUUACAAGUCAAGAAUGGAAAACGUGGCCAAGUUUUAAUUCGACAAGUAAAAAUCGUGGAAAAGCAGAGUUUUUUGAUGGCAAUACAUUGUUUAUAAUUGAUAUUAAAGUACUUCAACUGGCUCCGACACGUGCUUUUGAUAUACAACAUCUAUCGUACUUUCCAAAUGAAGAAGAAGUUUUAUUACCGCCAGGUGUUUCAUUCCAAGUUUCAAGUGUUCAGCAAGAUGAAACUUCAAAAAAGUACAUUAUAUAUAUACAACUUUAG